AUGACUGAAAUUCGACCCUAUGUUUUUGAUGAAAAUCAAGUUGUUGAACUUCGUUAUUAUGGUAUACGUGUAUUCUCUUCUAUUAGUGAUAGUCGAAAAUUAGAUUCAAAUAAAAGCCUUGGUCGGUUAAUUAUUUUUCUUGGUUUAUGUUUAAUUGGAAUGUCAGCUGCAGAUUUGAGUAAAUUAACAGCAAUAGUAAAACUAUCUGAACAAUCAAUUUGGCCAAGUACUGGAAAAGGUAUUUGGAUCGGUUUCUAUGUCACAGCUGUCGGCAUUUUUACAUUAGUUGCUGUUAAAGAAAAAUCCCAUGCUGCAUUUCAUAUAUUACUUCCGUAUACAAUUGUAGCCAUUGUACUUUGUCUUUUUGGUUUAUUAACAUCAAUUAUUGUUCUUGAUCGCUAUUUAAAAGAUCCAAUUUUAUCUGAUAAAAAAAAUAGAAAUAAAGAGCAAGGAAUUGAGUUUGCUCUUAGUGGUUUAUUAGUUGGAAUAUUUGGACUUACUUUUCUUUUUUUAUCGUGUCUUUCUUGUAUGAUAUGUUGGACAAUACCAAAUUUUUGUGCUAAACAUCAAGCUCCAAAACUUCAACCACUCUACCUACCACUAAGACAAACUUUAGGACAAGAAAUUCAACUUCGAAUACCAGCAAGUCCUUUUCAGCGUGCAAAUGUUAGAUCUUCACGUUUUAUUCACCCAAGAUCUUAUAGAGUAAAUCGGAUUUAUCGUUGA